AGAAAAAGCUGAAGGAUGGGAGAAGGGUCCAAAAAGCGGGAGACUCCAGCCGAAAGCUGGAGUGUUAUAGGCGAUCAUCAAACUCUAGCCUCCCUCGAAGGCGUUUGCGAGCCAAGCCUGGCGCAAAAAGAACACGUUCUUGGUCUUCCUGUGGUAGCCCACGGAAGAGAUAAAUCCAACAUGGCGGCCUUCCAAUGUCCUCCCGAGCGUGUUUUGCGCCCUUUAGCUCGAGCGAUUUCUGCGUCGCAGAGAAGAAGAAGGCCAACAUAUGAAAAGUGGCCGACAGGCAGAAAAAGUUAUCGUGCUGUGAUGUGCAAUGAGCUAGGGAAACCGCUAGUAGUGGAACACAAAUUUUCAACAGAGAAUCUUGGCACUUCUCAGGUGCGUGUUGCAGUGCAUAGCUGUGGUAUCAAUUUUGCAGACAUUUUAAAGUGUAUUGGAAAGUAUCAAGAAAAACCUGAGCUGCCAUUUGUACCAGGAACAGAAAUUUCUGGAGAGGUUGUUGAAGUUGGAUCAAAAGUCACAUCACUUUCCAAGGGUGACAGGGUUCUUGGAGUCUGUGGACAAGGUGGGGGAAUGGCAGAGGAAUGCGUUCUGCCCCAAACGGCAUUGUGGAAGAUCCCAUCUAGCCUUUCAUUCACCCAAGCAGCAGCUUUAGCCAGCUCUUAUGGGACAGCAUAUAUUGGACUAAAGCACAAAGCUAAUUUACAACCUGGCCAGACAGUGUUAGUCACCGCUGCAGCAGGCGCCCUAGGCUUGGCUAGUGUUGACUUAGCUGCUAAUGUAUUUGGUGCCAAGGUUAUAGGUGCUUCAAGAAAAGAGAAGCUAGUAAUUGUACAAGAAAUUGGGGCAACAGACCUUGAUUAUACCAGGGAAAACAUAAAAGAUAAGGUGAAAGAGCUAACUGAUGGUCAUGGUGCUAAUGUGAUAAUGGAGGCAGUUGGUGGUGAUGUGUUUAAGCAGUGUCUGAAAUGCAUUGCUUGGAAUGGGUAUAUUAUCCCAGUAGGAUUUGCAUCUGGAGAAAUCCCACAGAUCCCUGCCAAUAUUCUACUUGUAAAGAACUGCUCUGCUGUUGGUAUAUAUUGGGGAGCACACAGUAAACAUGACCCUCAGCUUUUAAGAGAGUCUGUUGAUAAGACACUAGAGUAUUUCAAGAAUGGUAAACUAAAGGGGCCAUACAUAUCAGCAUCAUUUGGUCUUGACAAGGUUAAUGAAGCAUUUCAAAUGAUUCUCCAAAGAAAAUCAACAGGAAAGGUGGUCAUAAACACCAAGCAAUAAACCAGUUGAAUAAAAGAUUCAAAAAAGAUUGUACAAUGUCCAAUAUUUUAAUCAUUACUCUGUUACCCAAGAAAUAGAACUAACCAAUACAACUAUUCUAUUCUUGACUACAUGUAUAUAGAACUGUCAAACCCGAAUAAUUCAUUGUAUACAGGAAAGGGUGUUGUUUAUAUUUAUAAUUAAAACAUUUUGUUUAUAAAAUA